AUGGCCGAUGAUCAACUUUCAUCUACAGCAUCGUUAGAUUCGGACAUUUCGCAUGGGUUGCAUUCAGAGCAUCCGCAACCUAUUCAACCAGAAAGGACGAGAGAACAAGAGUACGUGGAAAAGAAAGAUGGAAAGUCAAAUGGAAAUUUAGACCGGCAACAGUCGAAUGCAUCCUCCGGGAAACUGAAAAAAGUUCCAGUGGGUGAGAAGCGAGGACUUUUUGCUAAAUUUGCUAUUAUUCCAGAGUAUGAGGAUGCUAGAGACUACCCUAAGUCGUACAAAUUAACUAUUGUGUUUGUGAUUGCAUUUGCGGCGAUAACCGGGCCCAUGGGGACAUCGAUAAUGUUACCAGCUAUAGAUGAUGUUGUGAAGGACUUAGAUACGACAGGAACAAUCGUUAAUGUCUCUGUGGGUAUGUACUUAUUGUCAUUGGGUAUAUUUCCAAUGUGGUGGUCUACCUUUAGUGAAAAACAUGGUAGACGGAGUGUUUAUCUCAUCUCGUUCAUAUUAUUUUGCGUGUUCACCAUUGGUGCAGCGUUAUCCCCAAAUAUAGGGGCCUUAAUUGCAUUUAGAAUACUUUCAGGUGGGUGUUCUGCUUCUGUUCAAGCGGUCGGAGCAGGAACUGUCGGGGAUUUGUAUAUAAACGAAGAAAGAGGAACGGCCAUGGGGUUGUAUUACUUGGGGCCUUUGAUGGGGCCAUUUUUAGCUCCAAUAAUUGGUGGUGCAGUUGCCGAGGCUUGGGGAUGGAGAGCGACCCAAUGGCUUUUGGUAAUAUUUUCUGGUAGUAACGUAUUAUCUAUUAUGUUUCUCUUACCGGAGACCAUUCGGAGACAGGAUUCAGACAGCGCAAUAAAAGAGAUGUUGCGUCAAUAUCAUAAAGUCGAAGAGUCAGAAGAAGGUGACCAAGAACUUACUACAGGUGUACCAAUAGCAGUGGAUGAUAUACACGGGGAGGGUAACCAGGUAGAAGCUCUCGAAGCACAAGACGUAGAGGGGAAACAAGACGAUUCUGAACUGGCCCAACUGGCCGUGAUACUGGAUGUUCCUACAAGGGAGACAAAUAUACACUACUCUGAUGCUGAUUUAGCUAGGAUUGCUUCUAGCUUAUCUAGGUCAGGCUCAAGGCAGUCGUUAGAUUGGGAACAAGACCGACCCGUAUUUGAUCCAGUAAUGCCUACUUUAGCGAGGUCUUACACCGAUAAAUCUUCAUAUUCUAGAAGAAUUGCAAAAGAGUAUCGUGAAAGUCAAAUUGAUAAUAUUAACAAAACUUUGUCAGGUGCUGCUCAAGACACAGAAUUGCCCAUCAAAAAGCUAUCUAAAUGGGAUCGAUUUAAAAUAAAUGCUUAUGAUUAUACCAUAAGACCCAUGCAUUCGGUAAUAUUAUUAAAGCAUCCGCCAGUAGCAUGGGUUAUUUCAUAUUCGGCGAUUGUUUUUGGAGUAUUGUAUUUUUUCAAUAUGACAAUAGCGUACGAGUUCAAGCAAGAACCAUAUGAAUUUCUGACAAUUAUUGUGGGUUUGUUAUAUAUACCUAACUCAGUUACGUAUGUUAUAGCUUCGAUUCUUGGCGGUAAAUGGAAUGAUUAUUUGUUGAAGAAGUAUUCUAAAAAGCAUAAUGGAGAAAUGGUACCGGAAUCACGUAUUUCUUGGAAUGUCUUAACUGCCAUUAUAUUAUUCCCUCCUGCCUGUCUUAUAUUUGGAUGGUGUUUAGAUUUUGGGACACAUUGGGUAACUCCAUUAAUUGGUACAGCUUUAUUUGGAUUUGCAUCAAUGUUGGUGAUUGGAUCAACUGUAACUUAUUUGGUAGACACUUUACCAGGAAAAGGUGCAACGGGUGUUGCAUUGAACAAUUUAAUUAGACAAACCCUUGCUGCCAUUGCUACAUUUGUUGUUGAACCUCUUUUAAGGGCAAUUGGUCCUGGCAUUUUAUUUUCCAUUUUAAUGGGGAUAAUAACACUUGCUGCUUUGACUUUAGUAGUCUUAAAAAGAAAUGGUGCAUUCUACAGAGAGCAUUCUGAUUUGAGCAAACUUUAUGAAAUGCUUUGA